CUUAAAACAUUGAAAUUAAAAAAAAAUUGUGGACAAAUUAAAAAAAAUAAAAGAAAACAACUUUAUAAUUAAGGGACAAUUUUUCACAUUUAACAAUUAAAUUCACAGUGAAAAAAUCCCAUUCUUUCUAGGAAUUGUAUCAAUUUAUCCCUCAGUGGUAUAUUCUAUUUUGAAAAAUUGAAACAGAUUGCUUUUCAGCGCCAUUUUGGAGCUGUCAAAAAGUCUCUCAUUCUUGCGUGUAUUGACAUUUGUUAUUAUAUAUUUCUUUGUGCAAUGAAACGCUGAUAUCUUCAAGUUAUUUUUUUAUCAAAACAAUCACCGCGUGUUCGAAGAUGAUUUCGUACAUGGCAUUUAACAUCAAAGGAUGAUAAAAAUGAGGAAAAAUUAAAGUUAAAAAGACGUUAAGAAAGCAGGACAAUUUCAAGGGCUUGGUUGCGACCGUCAUUAGUCUUUUUUCACAUUCCCCCCUUGUUAUAACCGUUUAAGGUUAAUCGAAAAAAGGGGUGUAUAUUGCUAAUUACAUAUUCAAAAUAGAAAGAAUGGCGACCGAUGUGGAAGAGUCAGAUACUGAUGAUCACGAUCGACCGGAUCCUCCAAAACGGCAACGCACACGUCCUGUCACGAAUGUUGUUGAACAUAAGGAAGAAUCGAGUGUGAGACGAGACAAUGAAUGGGCAGCAGUCGAUGAGGCGGAAACGCAGGAAUUCGACGAGGAAGAAAGAAUCUCGAGGGAGAAGCUUAAGGGCUGGCAGGCUCUUCAGGUGGCCAAGGGUUUUGUGGACAAUACAAUUAACCAUGUAAUGGAACACUACAUAAUGGCGACAACUGGAAAUUUUUUCUUGGAAGAUCCCUGGAUGCGUACAUUGCGUGGCGAUGAAAUGGAAGACACUGCAGUUUCAAUGGCAAUAAGAAAUCAUGGAUUAGUCCCCUCGAAUAAUUUAUCUCAAGCAAAUUCAUUUUUUGCCGGAACCACCGUCAAUUUUUUUAGCAGUCAAGAAUGUGCGAAUUAUCCCACGACAAUUGCGGAUAAUUUUUCCGGUUCAACAUCAUCGUCGUCGUCAUCCUCGUCUUCGUCAUCAUCGACAACUUCUUCAUCGUCAUCAGCAGCUGUAAUUACGUCAAAACGUGACGUAAAUCUGGAAAGAAAUUGGAUUGACGAAAAAAAUGAUGAGAGCGAUCAGGAACACGAUUUUCUCGAGCGCGCCGUCGCCGAGGCAAUUAAAAAGAAAGGACUCAGUACACUCAGCGUUGAUUAUGGAUAAAUUAUUAUUCCCUUAAUUUCCGUCCAAAUAUUAUUAUCGUCAUAAUUCAAUUAUUGGUUCGUAUUCACUUUUAAUAUUUUACAUUUUAAUUCUUUUUAAUCAAAAGCAGUACCAAGUUUCUAUUUUAUGCAAAUGGGAUCCAAUUCGUUCCAGUAUUCAAAGUCUUCACCAAAAGUAAAAAUCAAAAACAGAAAGAAAUAUUUUUAAUUCGAUAAAUUUGAAUUUUGAAUUUAAACUUUAAAAUAAACGAACAUUGAUUGAAAAACCGCAGGAUUAAAUAUACAAAAAUAGAAAGUAAGAAAUAAAACGAAAAUAAAAGUGGU